AUGCUCCCAGAGCCCACGUUGAACUUCACGCUCCCCAGCAUCCACGACGACACGGUCCUCGACUGCCGCGUCUACCACAGCCAUGCGCUGAGCCCCGUCCCCAACGCCCCGCCCUGGCGACGACACGCCGCCAUCGUUGCACACCCGUACGCGCCCAUGGGCGGAUCAUACGACGAUCCUAUCGUUGACUCUGUCGCUGAAGCGCUCCUUCGCGCCGGCUAUCUCGUGGGCACGUUCAAUUUCCGCCGCCAGCGGAGCGCCGAGGCCGCUGCCGUCGGCGGCGACGAGGCCGGCAGUCCCAAGAAGCACCACGCCGGGCGUGACCAUGGGCAUCAGCAUGGCCACAGCCACAGCCACAGCCACAGCCACAGCCACAGCAGCGACGAGCAGGCGGUCCUGCUGCCUCGGAUUGCCGACCUGACGAGCGUCAGGCCGGCGUACGCGCUCGUGUCGCCGCUGCAGGGCAUCGCCAACCACCUGACGACCAUGUCGUUCGUGCCGCCCUGGGCGCGGCACCGCGGCCACGAGUCGGCGUCGCCGUCGCCGGCGGCGGACGUCAACUGGAUUGAAGACGCCGGGGAGGCGGCCGAGGCCAAGCUCGCGACGUGCCCGACGCUCGCCGUGUUUGGGGACCGAGACGGCUUCGUCGCCGUCGGCAAGCUGCGGGCGUGGGGCGCCCGGCUCGAGGCGAGGCCCGGGUCCAAGUUUCGCGGCGUCGAGGUCACGGGGGCGGGGCACACUUGGCAGGAGGAGGGGACGCUGUCUGCGCUGGUCGGGGCGGUGGACGAGUUUGCGCGGGGGCUGCUGAAGGCGACGUGA